CUUGCCAGGCGGAUUCACCAGAGGGCUGCCGCUGCCAGGGCUGCUUCUUGGCCUCGCCUUGGAAAUCACUGAUCACUUGAGAGCUAUUCACGGUUUUGUUUCCACAAAUAAUUCAUUCACACACCACGAGGUGGAUUUGUCCUCCUUUGGCAUCCGUCGUCCUACUUGAAUACCUCCUUCUCCGAAGUCGGCAACAUCACGUUAACAAACUUCAUCAUGUGGCAAAAUGAGGAAGCAAAUAACGAGCUGAUCAGCCCCAGUUGAACUUCGAAAACUGGGACUUUGGUUUAGACGAUGCUACUUGGAGCUCAUGGAAUCAAUGGAAUCAGUCAAACAGUCAAGCAAGUUUCUCGGGCAAUACUCGACCUCUUGGAUCUCAAGGUUCAUUUCCCUACCCCCAUGUACAUGCCAGUACCGCCGCCGUCUACAAAACACCGGAUCCUGAUUUGGAAGAACCCAGCUUCAGCGGCUACAUGGACUCAAUAUGGGGACUUGAGCGAGGGAUCUCGACUGGAGAUCAGCACGAGAAUAAUUUUGGUCACCCGGAGGCCGAUGUGGAAACUGUGGAUCAGCUGGAUGACAGGCAUAAAGGUGUUGAGAUGUCUACGAGACGUGAAGUCACAGAAGGGAACGUCGACUUAUACACCUGGCCAGGUGGCCAUGACAUGUUUCAGGUCGAAGAUGAUAAGUUGCAAGAGAUCCAAGGCAUGCCUAUGGCGAUUUCUGGAAGAACAUCAGGCGUUGCAAGCGUUACACCUGAAAGACGCAGUGGGACAAAUGAAAACAUGAGUUCCGAGGAAGAAACCCUGUUGACCAAGCACACGCUACCAGGUGAUCCUGGACUUGUUUCAUGGAACCAUAUUGAUGAUGAAGUCCUGUUACAGUGGCUAGAUGAUGCAGCUGGGUUGUUGUCGAAUAACAUCCGCAACGAUGAGAGCGCUCAUCAGAGCGGAACGUCUUCCAGUACGUCGGCCAUUAUAAGGACACCUUCACAUAGCACCAAUUCAUCGAGAGAUGCGCGGCGGUCAAGUAAUAAUGGACUUACAACUUCUAAAGUCCUCCCUGGGCCCCCUCAAGAUGCUGAAUAUGCCAAUCUUGACGAGCCGUCUAUAGCGUUUGGUGGAGAUUCAGUACCCGUGGAUGAGAAGCCGAAUUCCUCCAAGCGCCGAUACAAUGCCGAAGAGCUAGAGAAGGUCAAUAGCGUCAGGGCCAGCUCAGCAUGCACUAGGUGUCAAGUCAUGAAGGAAGCAUGCAGCGAAGAUUCGACACCCGGUCCGUGUAGACGGUGCCAGGCCAUAGAAUCAAGCAGCAGGAUAUGGAAGACGCCAUGCUUUCGAGGUCAAUUAACAGCGGCCGAACUCUUCAGAACCGUUUCUCUGAACUUCCCUUUCGGAUCAAAAAAAAUCACACAGUGGCAUGGAAAAGACCGUCGCCAAGUCGACUUAUUCUAUCCGCUGUCGAACGCGAAGGAUCAUGCAUAUGUACCACAUCUCACUGUCAAGUGUCGCAGGUUUCGUCCUGGCUUUGGCGACGUCGUUACAAAGUCAUACCCUACCCCGCAAGGACCGCGCAUUCUCGACCUACCCCCCUUCUCUCUGAUCGAUCUACCUGCCAUUCGCAAUACCAUGGCCCAAUUUGUAGCUCAUAACCUUGAGACCUUCGUCAAUGAGCUCAAAGUUGGCGCUGUUGGAAAGUACUUCAGCGCCACAUUUGACGAGAUCAUGCGAUUAAGCAAGAGCAGCAACAUGCUAUUAACGUCUUUACAUAUCGCCUGUAUGACCAGAAUGCAAUCGAGGAGCUUCGGUAUUCGUGGCGAGGAAGACCUUGGCAUCGAACUCGAGACCAGUCCACACUCCCCAUAUGUGGGCCGAAAGCCGAUACCUGUCAUGAUCGAUAGAGAAAUGGACUUGAUCUGGCGGUUCUUCGUGGAAAAGAAGCGGAAGAUGGUUCUCUCGGAGCUGAAACGAAAGAUCAUGGCAAGAAAGCGGGUACAUUGGCUUGAGAUAUACUUGACUGUGUUCGUCUUGAUGACCAACCUUGAAUUUUGUUACCAACACCAGGUGACAAAAUUAAAACGACACCAAGCUGCUGCACGGCCGGGAGAAGUCGUUGCAUCUGCCCCUUCAUUAUCGAUGCUAGAUAAGUGGCAAGCUUCGGCGGAGAAUAUCAUAGCUCACUUCGCUGUGAUAUCUCAAGGUCAGUAUCCAUUUACUCUAGAUUGGUCGGUGGGGGAGAACAGCAUCGCUGCGGGGCUGGACUCGACGUCAACGAAGUACAUGGUGGACUUGGUCAAGACUUUGUCGACCAUUGAAUGGUCCGAUUUCGAGAGAAUAGACCCUGAUGUAGCUCGUGUGCAACCUCUGUAUUGGGUGUCUAAGAUAUUUCAACCUUCAUUGGAUCAGAAGUCAAGAGUCAAAGAGCCUCAUAGCCACAUGGAUAGGCCAGGAAUUUUAUUCAGGGAAAUAUCUGGAAAGAGCGACACCUAGGAUCUGCAUAUGCCCAACCGUGCCAGGACGGGAAUAGAAAUCAUUUCGACUUGAGCUGA